AUGCUAUCGCAGGAGAAACCGGAUUCUACCGCCAAAGGAAACUCUUCUGAUCCAAAUACUAGCAUGGUACUCUCGUUGAAAACUUCUGCUUCAAAUGAUACUGUCGCUUUAACAAACCAAAGUAAUGAUAGGAUAAGACAUACUCGAAAACGAACUCUUCCCUCUUUCAACGAGGGGUUCUCAAAUAUUCUUCCAGAAAGAGAAACAAACACUAAUGUUUCCCUUCAAAAGAUGGAAAGACAGGCAAUAACGAAUUAUAUCCACGUCAACCCAGCUCAGUAUCCUAAUCAAUCAGUACCAAUGCAACAAAUAGCCCGCUCAAAGAUCAAUUUUCGAAACACUAAUCAAAUGAAUUAUUCAACAAAUCAAUUUCCUCCCCCAUCAAAUCAGAACCAAAAUAUCUUACAGACAACAAGUCUCCCCCUUGUACCAUGUAUAUUCGUACCGAACGUACCAUACAUGCCAUCAAAGCAUAGUAUCGCAACAGCAAAUUACUACCCGAUACCACAAUUUAUUCAUUCAAAUAAUGAAAUUAAAAUACCACCACCAUUACCACAACUACCAUCUCAAUUCCCUAAUCAACAACCAACUAUCAUAACAAAUGAUAUACCAAAAGCUCCAAUAAAUUCUCCUUCUUUGAUGGAAUUGCCACUCCCACCUCAAAAUAAGCCAAAACCGAAAAAUUACUAUAACGACUAUUAUGAAAGAUAUCUUCAACAUAUCAAGAGAAGAAGAGUUAAUAGAAGAGAUCAUCCUCAACCUCAACCUCAGUCGAAGCCUGACCCUAGUCCUGACUCUACUGCCCUCCCUGAAGUGCAAAAUGAUGAACCCACAACACCAAAAUCAACUUCUAGACCAUCAAGGGAAAAAAAACCUGCUAGAAUUCAUAAAUGCCCCAUUUGUGACAAGAUUGUUACAAGAUCCACUUCUUUAAGAUCUCAUCUCCUCAUUCAUACGGGAGAAAAACCUUAUAAAUGCACUUGGCCAAAUUGUGAUACCUCUUCUAGUGUGAAAAGUAACAUAACAAGACAUUAUAAGUCUCAUUUGAAAUCUCAAAACCAAUAG